AUGGAGACCAGUAUUGGAGACGCUGAACGUUCAGCUCCUGACGUCAAUCGACCGACAACGGCGUCGGACCUGAACCGGCUCAAACCGGAGGCAGCACAGUACCGUGGUACUCAGGGUUCUUUUGGCUUUUGGCGAAAUUCACGUCCUGAUGCCAAUCAACUGGCAGCCGCGUUGGACCUGAAGCGGCCUGGCACGGAAGCAAUACAGCAUCCUGUUACCCAGGGUUCCUUUACCAAUCGGGAAAGUCCAUAUGCCGAAAGCUAUCAACGGGAAACAUUGCCAGAUAUCGUGUCGCCUAUCGAAGCCAGUGACCUGGCAUGGGCGCCGGAUAACAUGCCUUCUGAACCGCCACACGACUCCACCAGUAUGCCAACUUCUGAUACGCAGGAUUCUAUUAAUUCUAUGAUGAAGGGUCAAGGUUCUUUUGGUCCUUUGCCACGUCCUAAUCCCACUACCUGUGAAGUGAAAUUCGCGCCGGACAUGAUGGCAACACAGGGUUUUUUUACCGAUUCGGAAAUCCCAUAUCCCAGUGCCUAUGAAUUGGAAGUGGCUUCCAAGAAGGGUCUUUGUGCUUUCAUCUCGAAGAUUUUUCGCUGUGGAUAA